CUUUUUAUAGAAACUGUAAACUGGUAAAGUCCCGACACUCCCGACUGUCGGUAAUUUUACAUUUCAUUCUUCUGCCUUCUACUUAAUAAUAGUGCUUUGUCGCCAUUGUCAUUUGAUUUAUGCUAGUUAACAGAUUUAUUUAAAAAUGAGUUCAAGUGAAGAAGAUUAUCAGGGAUUUUCCAUAACAAUGGACAAAUCGCAGCAGGCCUCUACAAGUUCCCAUGGGAAAAACGAUACAGAUACACCCACAAAAAAAAGAAAAUAUCGUGACGAGUUAAGUGUGGACGAAAAACAAAAAGUUUUCAAAAGGAAGUUCCAUUCAGAUUGGAAAAAUGAGGAAGAAUUUAAAGGGUGGCUCUGUGAAGUGCCAAAUGAACAAGGAAAAUUCAAAUGUCAAUUGUGCAAUUGCAUUCUUUCACUAAGAGCUGGAAAACAGAAAGUAGUUAAGCAUGCUAAUUCAAAAAAGCAUUUAGCUAAAAUCAAUGCGAGAAAAUCGACACCAUCGGUUAAAAGCAUGUUUCAAGAAUCCCAGACAGCAACUUCAAUAAAGGACGAAAUUGCGACAGCCGAGAUUCGUAUUAGUGCUUUUUUCGCAGAACACAAUAUUGCUGUUUCUGUAGCCGAUGAUCUCGUAGAUUUAAUUAAAGUCACCUGCAACAAACCUGAUGUUGUUAAAGGAAUAUCACUUGCAAGAACAAAAACAACGAAAGUGAUAAAUAAUGUAUUAUGCAAAGUUGAAACAAGUGAACUAAUUUCAAUCUUGAAGGUAAUUAAGUUUAGCAUUUUAGUAGAUGAAAGCACAGACUUAAGUAUGGAUAAAUACCUAUGUAUUUUAGUGAGAUAUGUUUGUCCCGAAUCAGGUAAUUUAAUGACUAAAUUACUUAAAAUGUUGAAAUUAGAAGCAACUGAUACCACAGCAGAAAAUAUUUACAGACAGUUUAAACAAUUUUUCAAGGCAUGCGAUAUUCCUUUAACUAACAUUAUUGGGUUAGCUUCUGACGGAACGAAUGUAAUGUUGGGUAAGCACAAUUCCUUUAUGACAAGAUUGAUGGCUGAUACAAAAGUAUUAGUUGUUUUGAAAUGUAUUUGCCAUAGUGCAGCUAUAAUAGCAAGUACUGCAUGCAAUGUUUUACCUGCAGCUCCUGAGGAUUUAUUACGGGCCUUAAGCUCAUAUGUAUCCGCUAGUGGUGAACGAUCUGCUCAGCUAGCCGAAUUACAGGAGUAUCUGAAUAAUUCUAAAAAAAAAAUUUUAAAACUGUCUUCAACAAGGCGGCUGUGCCUGCAUCAGUGUAUUGAAAGGGUUUUAGAAAUGUGGUCUACUUUGCAGCACUUUUUUCUACUGGCCUCUACUGAGGACCAUCUUAAACAAACGAAAUUCAUAUUAGAUGCUUUGAAUUGCCAAAACAGUCCUUAUCCAUCAAUUAGGAGCAGAAAGCAGACGUAUUUACUUCAAAUUUUGUAA